AUGUCAAUAGCAUCUUCAUCGGCUGCUUCCUCAGCUUCUACGGCUCCAUCGCAUUCAGCUUCUCAUGCCAGCUCGCGUAAUAGAGCAAUCAUUAUCAACAAUAAUACCCACAAGGUUCAGGAAAUUUACACAGAUGAUCCCAGAAAGCUUUCAGAAGCUGCCAUCUACGCUAAUAAGAAAAAAUAUGGCAUUUAUGCUAUGCCUGGCUACCCAACUUUGGGUGUAGCAACUUCUUCACCAAAUGAAGCUGCAAUCCUCGCAAACAAAUCUGACCUCUCACUUAAAUUAUGGCAACAUAAAACUUCAGAAACUGGCCUUAAGGCUGCCUCGUUCGCGAACUCGCACCCAAAAUCAGUCAAGGUCUGGAAACCAACUACUCCAGCAGCUGCAGCUACCGCUGCUGUCUCGGCAAAAGAUAAGACAGUCUUCCCCAAAGAAGGCCGCGAAUCUAUCUCAGGCGCUGGUCUUUACUCUUCCGAAGCUGCCCUUGCUGCUCAUGCCGUCCCAGCUAACGAAACUGCCGCAAAGAGAAUCCCAGACGCUUAUGCUUGGGGUGAUCGCUCAAAAUCCGAUUCUACUGCAGGCCUUGCUGCAACCAGCACCUAUUCUCCCGCAAAGAAUGGCUCUAGAACCAUGUCUAAUUUGACGUUCACUCCUAAUGGUCUCGCUAGCAUUUCCAGCUCUACAUAUGACCCUCUUAACCCUUCUCAAAACCCUAACAAGGCACCCUCUCCGGAAAAUAAUUACCUUCUUUCAAACAUUAGCAAUGUUGAAGAAACAGCCAGAAGAAGAGCCUCUGAAAGGCUCUCAAAAAUUUAUCUUCCAACAAAUGCAACUUCAAACUUGGAGAUGCCCUCAACCGGAAGAAGAGCUUCCACUGCAACCACUGGCGUUAAUGCUAAUGCUGCCUCUUAUGCAGCUAACUUGUCUCACGAAAAUGAUGUUGAACGUCUUGAGCGUGAGCGUCAAGCUUCUCAAAUGACUGCGCAGUCCUACGAAGCCGUUUUGGCAAUUGCCCGCCAGCGUGCUCAGUCUUCCAUCAACCAAAUUGACCAGGAACUUUAUUACAAGAACCCCACUCUUAAUGCCCCCUACUACGAAGAAGCUCUUGCCAUUGCCCAAGAAAAGGGAACCGCCAGACUUGUCAAUCAUGGUAAAAUUGACAUUGGUGGUGGCCUUUUCAUCACCCAGUCUGAUGUCGACGCCAUUGCUGAACGUAAUGUUCGUCCAGUCUUGAUGGAAAUUUCUGAAAAGGCUGCUGCUCAACGCCAAGCUGAUGAGGAACGCCGCAUUGCCGAAGAAGAGGAGCGCAAGAGACGUGCUGAAGAAAAGCGUCUUGAGCACGAAAAGAAGGCUAAUGAGCGUCGCCAGGCUGCUGAACAAAAGGCUGCUGCAAAGGCUAUUAGAAGUGAAGAGCUUGCCAAACAGCGUGCCAUUAUGAUUGAGCAACGUACAAAGGAAAAGGAACAACAUGAGGCCGAGCGCAAAAAGGUUGAGCAAGAACGUCAAGUCCAGCGUGCCGCUAAUGAUCAGGCUCGUGCUCAAGAAAAGUCCCGCAAGGCCCAGGAACGUGCCAAGUUGAAGGCUGAAAAAUUGGCCUUGUUGGAGCAGAAGCGCAAAGAGAAGCAUGCCCUUAAAACUGCUUCUUUCAACAUGGCUGUUGCUGCUGCUCGUGCCCAGGAGGCUGAAAGUCUUGCGUUAGUUGAAGUUCAACGUACCCAAGCUCUUAAGCUUAGUGCUGAGCACAAACUUGAACAAGCAAAGAUUGCUGAAGCUCAAGCCUCUUCUGAUGCUCAAGCUGAAAAAGCUCGUGCCGAGAUUACCCGUGCUGAAGCCGAACUCGCUGCUGCUAAUGCAAAGGUUCUUGAGGCCGAAUCUCAAAAGGCAACCGCUGAAGCUGAAAAGGCCAAGGCUGAUUCUGAAGUUCAUGAUGCUGUUGCUGCUCAGAAGCAUCUCGAGCAAAAGCUUAAGGAAGAGACAACUCAAAUGGCUCAUUUGGAGUCUGGUGCACAUAUCCCCGUUGUUGUUGAUACUGAAGACUCUGUGGAUUCGGGUGAAAUUGAUGAGGAUGAAAUCGACAGGGAAAUUGCAGAGGAAAUUGCAGAGGAGAUGGCAGAGGACGAAGCCAAGGAAGCUGAAGAAAAAGAUGCAUUUGAUGACGAUGAUGCAAAGGAAAUUUUGGCCAAGGUCGAGGCUGACGUUGAUGCUGAAGAUGCCGCGGCUAAAGAAGAAGAACUUCCUAUCGCCGCUGCCAGAUCUGCUGAAGAGGCUGCUGAAGAAGAGCUCGAGGCUGAUUUCCCUGAUGUCACUAUUGACGAAAAGUCAGAAAUUCUAGCCGAAGAAGCUGCUGAUGCUGCUGAUGAGGCCACCGCCAAGGAUCUCGAUGCUGCCAUCCCUAAGGUUGGUUUGGACGAAUCUGAACUCGACUUGGCCAGAACCGCCUCCAAUGCUGCUGAGGAAGUUACCAAAGAAGAUCUUGCCAGGUCAAUUCCUGAUGUUGAAAUCGACAAGGAUUCAGAGGCUCUUGCUAAAGAUGCCGCUGCCUCUGCAGGACAUGCCACUCUCACUGAUGUUGAGAAGAUUGAUGAGGCUUUCGCUGAUCCUCUCAAGGCCACUACUACACCUGCUACCACCACAGUAACAGCAAUUGCUCCCCCUGUCCCUGUUGUUUCUCAUACUGUCGGCUCUGACUCUUCUUUUGCUACCGCAGAAGUUGCUGAUGAAGAGGUGGAAGAGCCUAAAGAAUCUACUAUUGCUACUUCUGCUCCCCCCGUUCCUGUUUCUAAGGCAGUUGAGACUACUCCUAUUGGGGAAGCUCCUGUCGUUUCUAAGGAAGUUGAAACACCCUCUCCUAAAACCACUACAGCCCCUGUGACUACCGAUGACGUUAAGGAUAAAUUGGAUGUCAAGACAUUGACUCCAAGUACUUCCAACACAAGUAGAGCUGCCACUCCAUCUCUAGACAAGGGCAAGUCCAAACCAAAGAUUUCUGAGGACUUGGAUACUCCCGAGACACCUGAAAAGCCUAUUGCUAAAGAUGAAAGUUUAGAUACUACUGUCCCUACUACAAAAACCACGUCGGCCACCGUUGUUGCUGCUGUUCCUGUUCCUGUUCCUGUUCCUGUCACUGCAACACCGGUAACUCCUGUCACUACCACAUCUCCCAAGGCUGUUCCUAUUUCGCCAACUUCACCUGGAGCUUCGAUCUCUCCUGCUACUACAUCAGCUUCUGUCUCUACAGCUUCGACUUCGCGCUCCCGAAAAUUUUUUAGAAAGAUGAAGAAUGCCCUUACAACAAAUGGAUCCUCUAAGAAUGCUUCUAAGACUGCUGCACAGACUGCUGCUAGCCCCGCCGCUGCUGCUCGUGCUCCACAGACGCAAACCAAGGUUGAAACUAUUAGACCAGUAAAAUUUGUUUCUAGCGUUUCUGGUCCCUCAUCAAGUGCUGCUGGUCCCUCUUCUUCCACAACAGCUUCUGCUUCUGGAACCGCUGCCGGUGCAGCUGCAGCUGCAGCUCGUGCUGCCAUUACCACCACCAGUGCCAGCUCUAUCCCACCCUCUGCUCCUACCGAAGAGCCUUCUGAGAUUUACGAGCACGAGCGUACCUUCUCUGGCUUUUCUCAAGAUAGCGAUGAUGCAAAUGACAAAUCAAAUAUUGAAGAUGCAUUGAAGACUGAUGUGGAAAAGGCUGAGACUACAGAAAAGAAAGAUACUACCGAAGUUGAAAAGGAAGCUCCUGAAGAGGCCAAGGAAACUGAGCCUCUUGCAACUGCUGCUCCAUCUGGUGGUGAAUACGUGUCACUGUUCACUGAGGAGGUGAAAUAA